UCUUAAAAAUCAUACUAGCCGAAUAGUCUACUACUUCUGGGUGACUUUCUUGCACAAUCUCUCCUUUGAAGGUAGGAAUUGUCAUAAUUUGUGACAACCCAGUUGUAGUGAAUGAAGCCCAACUCGAGAAUUGGGUCGAGAAGGACAGAAGGAUUUGGAAGAAGAAGAAGAAUGUUAGUAGAAUGUGAAUAAAAUUGGGUAAAAAAAAUCAGAGAGACCCAUUUUGUCUUCUUCAAAUUUCUCAAAAUGGUGUUUUCUAGUUUCUUCAGCAAAUCAAUAUUUCAGUGUUGUACUCACAAUUAUAGACUCAAAUCAAUAACAAUUUCACCAAAAAAAUUUACUUCUUUUUUAGAUCUAGAUUCAAACCCAAAGCUUCAAUAUGGUGGGUUUUAGUCUUUUACCAUCAACUUCUUCCAACAAACAGUAUUAUAAUUUAGAUCUACGCACAACAAACAAUACAAAAUCAGAUUUCAAUAAUGUAAACUCCAAAUUAGUCAUUGGACUAAAGGACCCAUUCGAACCCAGACUUGGAAAUGAGCUUCCAAACUCGUCAAUAGAAGUGCAACUUUCCAAUUCUUCAAAUCAAGACACUGGAGUACCAUUUCAAAAGGGUUGAAGCUUUAUUCCAUUAGCUUCAAUCGAUUUCAACACAAAAUGCAUUAGAUUUCUUUUUUAAUGAAUGAGAGCAAUGCUUAUCUGAGAUUGAGUUCAAGACCUCAAUCUCUUAUGAGUACCGGGUUAUAGGGCAGGUUGGAUCUAAUUUAAGACCAAAUGGACCAACAGCCUUGGAUGCAUACCAAAUGUCAGUUAGGGGUAUAGUGUUUGAAUAGUACGACAGUCGGAGUUCUUUUGAUACAAUAGUAGUAUAACAAAGGGUAAUUUUAAACAAUUUCUAAUAUAUCAGGACAUUUUCCGUAUUUUUAAACAAAUUUGCACAGAGAGAGUAAUAAAUUUCCAUGAAACUUUGAAUAACAGAAAUAGUCAUAUUACGCAGUUCAGGCUAUGCCUUUGGUAGUUGAUGAAGACGCUGACUCUCAUAUGCCUUUUCUGGAGGCAAAUUCUUCUUCUUCUUCUUCUUCUUCUUCUUCCUCCUCCUCCCCAUCAUCUUCAACUUCCCUCAAAAGAACAGGAAAUGAAUGGACAGCUUUGGCACAUAUAGUAACAGCAGUAAUAGGUUCUGGGGUUCUAUCAUUAGCAUGGAGUAUGGCACAGCUAGGUUGGAUUGCAGGUCCAUUGACCAUGCUCUCUUUUGCAUGUGUCACUCUUACUUCUGCAUUUCUUCUCUGCAACUGCUAUCUAUCUCCUGAUUCAGAUACUGGCCCUGAUAAUAGAAAUGCAUCUUACCUUGAUGCUGUUCUCAAUAUUUUAGGAGAAAGAAAUGCGUGGUUUUGUGGAAUCAUUGCUCGUAUAAACUUCAUAAAGGUUGCAAUAGUUUAUACAAUUACAUCCGCUAUCAGCAUUCGAGCAAUCCAGAAAUCAAACUGCUAUCAUGAUCAAGGGCAUGAGGCUACCUGUCGAUAUGGAAGUACAAGAUAUAUGGUUAUAUUUGGACUAAUCCAAGUUAUAGUGUCUCAAAUUCCUGAUUUUCAGAAUAUGAAGUGGCUCUCCAUAGUUGCUGCAGUCAUGUCAUUCACAUAUUCAAUUAUCGGAUCAGCACUUGGCUUAGCCAAAGUAAUAGAAAAUGGAGAAAUCAAAGGUAGCAUUACAGGACUGCCAAGUUCUACUGCUGCUGAGAAACUAUGGUUGGUAGCUCAAGCACUUGGUGACAUUGCCUUUGCCUUUCCAUUCUCUCUUAUAUUUCUGGAGAUACAGGACACGUUAAAGGCGCCUCCUCCAGAAAAGAUCACUAUGAAGAAGGUAUCAAUAAUGGCAGUCUGUAUUACGACGUUUUUCAACCUUUGCUGUGGGGGAUUUGGUUAUGCAGCCUUUGGUAAUUCCACACCGGGAAACCUCUUGACAGGAUUCGGUUUCUAUGAACCAUAUUGGCUAGUAGAUUUUGCUAAUGCAUGUGUUGUUCUUCAUCUUGUUGGAGGAUAUCAGAUUUUCAGCCAGCCGCUAUUUGCAGAUAUUGAGAGAUGGUUUGCCAGGAAAUUCCCAGAGAGCAAGUUUAUUCACAAGAAUCACACCCUGAAACCAUUACCAAUGCUGCCAUUUGNCGUUCCCAUCUUUAGUCAAGUUGAAGUUAAACCAUGA